CGUUGAAUGUCAGCAAGUCAAAAGAAGAGAUCAAGAUAUCAACAAGUUGGAAUGGGGAAAUACAAGGUUCCAAUAUUGUUGCUUUGUGUGUUCUUUAACUUGUGCACCAUACUAGAAUUGAAAGUUGAUGCAAGAACAUAUUCACCUUUAGAAAGAGAAAUCGAAGCCAAAUUGAAGCUCUUAAACAAGCCUGCAGUGAAAUCCAUCAGGAGCGAAGAUGGAGACAUUAUUGAUUGUGUUAGCAUCUAUAAUCAACCUAGUUUAGAUCAUCCUGCCUUAAAGAAUCACAGUAUUCGGAUGGUACCCGAUUUUCUUCUUGAAUCCCAAAGUUCAAGCACUGGAGUUACUUCAAACUCAAGCUCUGAUGUGUUUCAAACAUGGACGAAAAGUGGAAGUUGUCCAGAAGAAACUGUUCCAAUAAGAAGAAUUAGAAAAGAGGACUUGCUGAGAGCUGUUUCACUUGACCGCUUCGGACAAAAACCUUUGGAACUAUUUGUGAAUUCAACAUAUAACACAAACCUUAAUUUCCACAACCUCGAUGGUUUUGUUAAUUUGAAAAAUCGCGCGGAUGCAUUACUUAUGGCAUACGCAUUCAAUUUUAUAGGCGCCCAAGCGAAUAUUAACGUAUGGAAUCCAAAGGUUGAAAAACCAGAAGAUUUCACUACUGCUCAAAUGUGGCUUAAGGCUACCAAUGGAGAUAAUUUAGAAAGUGUUGAAGCAGGAUGGACGGUGAAUCCUAAGUUAUAUGGUGACCACAAGACCCGUUUUUUCGUCUAUUGGACUAAAGAUACAUACAAGUCAACAGGUUGCUUUGAUCUUACUUGCAAGGGUUUUGUGCAAACAAAUAAGGAUGUAGCGCUUGGUGCUAUCUUAGCACCUAUUUCAAUCCCUUUUGGACAACAAUAUGAAAUAAACGUUGGAAUAUUUCAGGAUAAUAACCAAAACUGGUGGCUUAAAAUUAAGAAUAAUAUACCAGUAGGUUAUUGGCCAGCUGAGUUAUUUGGUAAUUUGAAACACAGUGCAACGACGGUUCAAUGGGGUGGACAAGUAUUUAGUUAUGCGGUUAAAACAAAACCUCCUCACACAGGAACACAAAUGGGGAGUGGAGAAGAAGCAUAUAAUAAAUAUAAGCACGCAUGCUAUAUGGGCGCAGUGAGAAUUAAAGAUUACUCACAAGCUCUUAAGUACCCACAAUUCGUAACCACACAUGCUGGAGAGCCUGAGUGUUACAGUGCCCUAAAUAUUGCUCCAUAUGGAAAAGACCCUGUGUUCUUCUUUGGAGGGGCCGGACGACAACCUCGUUAUUGUCCUUGAACUUGCAGCAUGUUAAUAUAUAUGGUUAAUUGUAUUGCAUAUUGGAUGCAUAAACAUGUUUGAUAAAUAAUAAAGAUCUAUGUAUUUCUUUUCACCUCUUAAA